CAGGGUGCACCGAUACGAUAAGAAAACAAUAUGCAGAAAAAUACCAUCAAUAAUCAAAGAGUGUCUGAAUUACCCCUGAUUAAUUAACCGGUGGGGCCCCAAAAAUUCCAUUGAAAAAAGUGAUUUUAUCGAUCUUGACAGUUAAUCGAAGAGAACCCCACGCGAUUAUGACCUUCGCCGGAGUCCAGAGGAUCCCCUGAACUCCUGGAGAUGAUUUCCACGCCGAGCUGUCACCUGACACCCUGAGGAAAUUCCUGAAUACCUGAGGUAUGGACGUGGUGACGACGAGUCUGGAGGCUCUCCUCCAGAGAGUGAUAAAUCCUCAGAACGAGAAGCCGGAUAUAGCUGCAAUCGACGCCUUCUGCGUGAUGGUGAUGAAGGAACCAGGUGGAAUGCAAAUUGGUAGUAAAUUACUAGCAACCAAGAUUCAAUCAUCCAACGAGAACGAGUCCCUCCAGGCCCUCGGCCUCCUGGACACCUGCAUGAAACGUUGUGGUCGUGGAUUUCACUCGGAAGUCGGUAAAUUUAGAUUUCUCAACGAGAUGAUAAAGCUGGUGUCGCCGAAGUACCUGGGGACAAAAACACCUCCAGCAGUUCGUGAGAGGGUACUCUCCCUGUUGCAGUCCUGGACGCAGGAUCACCCCAGGGAGACGAAGAUCAAAGAGGCAUUCGAGAUGCUGAAGAGUCAGGGUGUCGUCAAGGGAAUAAAAACGCCCCAAAAUAAUCAGAGACAGCCAAAAGUUGGAAAUACACUCUUCGAGGACGAGGAGACGGCUAAACUCCUGCAGGAGCUACUCCAGAGUAAAGAUCCCUUUGAGCUCCAGCUCGCUAAUAAACUCAUCAAGAGCAUGGUGAAGGACGACGAGAGGAGGAUCCAGCAGAAGUCCCAGAGAAAUCUCGAGCUGGAGUCUGUUCAUAAUAAUGUUAAACUCCUGGAGGAGAUGCUGGACUCGUACAAUCCUGUUGAUAAUAAUCAGGAUGACGUCGAUCUCAUGAAGGAACUCCACCAGACAUGCCAGAGGCUCAAGCCAUCUCUUCUCCGACUGGCUGAGGAAACUCAGGAUCAUGAUGAUGUUCUCAGUGAUGUACUCGUGGCUAAUGACGAAUUGUCUCGUGUCUUUGAUAAAUUUAAUUGCACCUUCGCCGAGGCUAAUGCCAAUGGAACGUCUUUACUCGAUUUGGAUACCCCAGAUACACCUGGCUCCAGCUGUGGAGGAGGUGUUGACAAUCAGAGAAACUCUGGACCCAGUGAUAUCGAGAUGCUGGGGGAUAUUUUCAGCUCGAUUUCGGUUGGAGACAAGACUGAUGGGGACUGCUUCGAUGGGUUCAUGGACAAUGUCAAUGUUCUGCAGCCAGUGAGUGUGCAGAAGGUGAAUGUGAAUCCCGAAGAAAAAAUUCCAGGGGUGAAGGACGGUAAGGCUAAGGCAAUGGAGGAGUUGAAUGAGAUGGGUAAGAUUAUGCUGCAGGAGUCACUCCUGGGUAGCAACAGAACGAUGAAGAGUUUAGUGGAGGAAUUUGGUGUGUCCUUGGUACGAGAGAGUUGUCCUGAUCCUGGCGACAAGGACAGCAACAAAAAUAAAACGAUUUUGAUUGAUCAAGUGCUGGAAAUCGGGGGUGAGGAGAGGAAAAAUGGAUCUGGAGGUGAAAACGUCAAUUGGAGGGACGACGAGGACGACAAGAUGGUUCUCAGCGAUCAUGGAAAGACCCAGGGGCUCGAAAUAAAACCCCUGGGGGAGUUGCAUGUUACCCUCGGUGAUAUUAAACCCUCGAAAGUUCCUCCUGUCACUGUUAUUGAUAAUAAAAACGAAAUAUCUGUGAUUCUGCAUUUUGCUGAGGGUGGACCCCGAGAGGAUGUUACUGUUGUUGUUGUCACUACUGUCAGCAAAAAUUCUAAAGGACUGAGGGAUUAUUUGUUUCAAGCUGUUGUACCCAAAACCUGCAAGUGCAGGCUACAGCCACCCUCUGGCGUACAGCUACCCGGGUUCAACGUAUUUUUACCACCUGCUGCUAUCACCCAGAUCUUGAUGAUUGCCAAUCCGCUGAAGGUUCCCCUGUCCUUGAAAUUCAUGCUGAGCUAUACGAUGGAGGACGAGACCUUCACGGAGAUGGGGGAAGUGGACGACAUCCUGACGUCUUAAUUAAACAUUAUUUUGUCGAUUAGCAACUAGAGGUGAAUAAUCUCUGGGGAGUUAUUUAACAAUGAAGAUUAAACAAUCAAAGAGACUUUUCGAUUAAGUAUUCUAAAGGGAAAAAAAUAGAUAAUUCCGUUGAUGUUUCUCUAGUCGAAAACCAUCAUGAGUACUUUAUCAUUUUAUUUUUUAAUUUUUCCGUACUUAAGGAGUAAUCACUCAGAAUAAUCGCAAUGAUUAUAUAUUUAAUUUUAGGGUUUGUCUGUGGGCAUGUGUUUGUACACGAGCUUCAUUGUCUUCGUAUAAUUGUGAUGUACUGGAAUAGCUGGAGAAAUGGAUUAACUGGAUAGAAUUAUUAUAUUUGAAUAAAAGUAUAUGAAAUUGUGGUUGAAA